AUGGACAACACCACAACGACGACCCCUGCGCCUGCGCCCGCUCCUGCAGCAGCGCCAGCUACGACAACAACAACAACAGCGACGACGACCAACACUCCUCCUCCCCCUUCCUUUACUUCCACCUCUUCCUCUUCUGUUGCCGACAACACCGCCUCUACUGCGUCGACCACCACCACCGCAGCCUCAAGGAGCAAGUCCCACCGUGCUCCUCGCAAGGAAAAGUCUGACGCCACCACCACUGGCGCCGCACCCAACUCCAGCAGUGCCAACAGCAACAGCAGAAGGGAGAGCAACAAGGACAAGGAGAACAGACCCCCUAAGAAGGACAAGACCAACGGUGGAGGCGCAUCGUCUGACAACCUCAACGACGCGUCGAACAGCGUUCCUGCUACUGCGGGAGCUGAGCAGGCCGCCUCCACCACUACCACGAACAACUCUCGCAACAACAGGAGACAGAGCUCCAAGCCCAAGAGCCGCACUGAGGCCAUUGCUGGUGCUACCAACCCCGUUGCAACUGAUGGAGCUGCUGCUCCCUCAUCUGCCUCAUCCGACCAUGUUUCCGAUCCAGUCUCAUCCAAGAAGCCGCAGUCGGACGAGACCAAAAAAUCGAGAAAUUCAAACAAGAAGCAGGCAGGCAAGACUGGAAACUCUCGUGCCUCCUCUGCUACUAUUGAAGGUGGAGAGGCCUCUGGUGUUGUUGUCCCUACCCCUGCGGUCGAUGGACAGGUUGCAGCUCCUUUGACGCCCAAGCGCAAUGAAAGGCUCUCAACAUCAGUCAACGGCAGUGGCAACGAGAGACGAAAGAGCACCACCACCAACAACAACACUAACAACAUCAAUCAGGGCAAAAAGAAGAACAGCAACAACAAGGAGCCCACCAAGUCAGCUGUUGGUGAUGCAUCAACCGUGGCUAUAGAGUCAGAGGCAACCUCCACUUCUGCUGACCCCGCAGGAACCCACGCCCACGCUAAGAGGACCUCCAAGAAGUCUGCCCCAGCCAACAAGGAAGGUUCUGCUUCUGCUGCUCCCAAGACCAAAUCCAACACCGCCAGCCGCAGUCAAGGAGGAAUCAAUGGCACUCGUCAGAGCACCGCGGCGCCUAAGGACAGGCACAGCAACAGGGGUACCAAGGACCAAGGAACUAGCGACGCUACCCAGCCUUCCAAAGAGGGUCGCCCUUCGUCCAUCUCGUCGUCAUGCUCGUUUGUCACUUCGUCGUCCUCCCUGUCGCCUUCUUCGCCCUUGUCGCCUGCUUCCCCUUCAUCGUCGUUCCCGUCGCCCUCAUCUGCACCUCCUACUUCUUUCACGGGAGGAGACAAGGACGCCCCUGUUACCGGAAUCAAUACCAAAGACCUGCGCCGCGAGAGCGCCCAUGGCAGAGGCAACAGGGCCGAGAUCACUCGCAUCAAGACCAACGUGCCUCGUGAUGGCGCUUCCCCUAUAUCAGGCCCUCUCGGAGGUUUCCCUGUUGCUCACUCUCCCUUGACUGCUGCGAGCCCCUCCAGCCGUCGUUCGUCUGCGUUGACCCCUCAUGGUGACAAGUUUGGUCGGCUCGGCGGUCUCCCCACCGUUGAGGAGAAUGUCACUGAGAAGCCUGCUGAGACUGUUGUCGCUGCUGCCGCCGUCAUUCCCGAGUCAUCUACUGCUGCCCAUACCGCCGCUCCCAGACGUGGACAUGCUCGUACCUUGUCGAUGAAGGAGCAACUGGAUCAGCUGGGUCAGGAUACCAAGGAGGGCAAGACCAUUGAGUCCCUGCAGGAUAUUAUCAGCAGCCUCAAGAGUCUCCCUCCUACCACCUCGUCUAUCAACCAUCCCGAGCACCCUCUUGCGCAAGGUACCACUCGUCAUGAGAAGCGCCUGUCCAUGUCCUCUUUGCCUGCGAAUGCUGCUGCGGGACAUUUUUCAGGCGGCGCAGUUCCUUCAACGACUUUGCAUCUGUCGCAGCCACCCCGCGGCACAACCAUUGAGAAUGCAUUGCAGUCCACCGUCGCUACCCUCCGCCGUCUCUCUAUCUCGGAUUCGAAACGCCCGUUGAUUCCCCUGAACGAGGAAGAGUCACAGGGUCAUGCUCCAACCAAGAGCACCAACAACAACAGACGAUCGGUUGCAUUUACCAAGGAUAUUGCGCCUAUUGCAGAGAAUUUUGAUGACAAGAGCAACAAGCGCACUUCAUCGUACCAGCCCAACCGUCGCUCUGUCAUCAUCCGACCAGAGGAGGUUGCAGCCUUGCAGGAGGGCAGACAGUAUGUUCCUUCAGCCUUCAGCUUCUCGAGCGACGAUGAGCCCGAAAAUGGUGUCGCCGAUGCCCUCUCUGCGUUGGAGGGUAAGGGCACCACCAGUAACCGAUCGAGCUACUCUGUCAAGUCGGUGCAUCAGCGCACCAGUUCCAGCGUCGACCCUGCCUCGUUGGCCGAGUUUGCUGCCACUUUGCCCAGCCACUUAAAGAGUCUCGGUGCCGCUGUUUUGGUCAACAACGAUGAUGCCCACGACCGUCGUCGAUUCACCACUGCCUUUGCUGCUGGCAAUCGUACCUCGACUCUUACUUCUUCCGCCAACAAGCGUCUCUCCUCCAUGAAUGCCCCCAAGGACUCUGACCGCAAGGACUGGCGCAUGUCUACUCCUAUGUCGACCGCUGGUAACCGCGACAGUAUUUAUGGCAAGGACAACGCCAACGGCCGUCGCCCCUUGUUCAUGGCUCAUUUGACCUACUCCGAUUUCCACACCCUGUUGACCAAGCAGAAGAACAAAUAUGUUCAGGGAGUUUUGAGAAUCAACAAGCGCAACCGCUCGGAUGCUUAUGUCACUGUUGACAGUCUUCCUGAGGGAGAUGUCUACAUUUGCGGUAGCAAGGACAGAAACCGUGCUCUGGAGGGUGAUGUUGUCGGUAUCGAGCUGAUUGACCCCGAGGAGCAUCCCCCCAAGACCGAUGGCAAGGACAAGAAGACUAGACGCACUGAGGACGGAGAGGAGGUUGUUGAGCUCGAGUCUGAUGAGGUCAAGCCAAAGUACUGUGGACGUGUUGUCUCGAUUGUUGAGCGCUCUAUCUCCCAGAUGUUCUCUGGUACCUUGACUCUUCAGCGCCCCAGCGGAUCCUCCAAGAAGAACGACCGCAAGAAGCAGGAUGAAGAGGACCAGAAGGGUCAGCCCAGAAUCGUCUGGUUCAAACCCACGGACAAGCGCGUGCCCUUGAUUGCUAUCCCCAUCGACCAGGCCCCCAAUGACUUUGUUGAUAACCACGCUCACUAUGUUCACAAGUUGUUUGUUGCCACCAUCAAGCGCUGGCCCCUCAGCUCGCUCCACCCUUUCGGACAGUUGGAGAGGGAAUUGGGUGACAUUGGUAACAUUGAGAUCGAGACCGAGGCUCUGUUGGCUGAUAAUAACGUCACCACCACUGCUUUUGGUGAGAAGGUUGAGAAGUGCUUGCCUGAGCUUCCUUGGUCUAUCCCCGAGAAGGAGCUGAGCCGUCGUCGCGAUUUGCGCAAGGACUGUGUCUUCACCAUCGAUCCCCCCACUGCCAAGGAUCUGGAUGAUGCCGUUUCAGUCUCUCGUUUGGAGGAUGGCACUUUGGAGGUUGGAGUCCAUAUUGCCGAUGUGUCCCACUUUAUUAAGGUCGGAUCUGCGCUCGACAGAGAGGCCAAGUCCAGAGCCACGACCGUGUAUCUGGUCCAGAAGGCUAUCCCCAUGUUGCCCAACGUUCUUUGCGAGGAUCUCUGCAGUUUGAACCCCAACGUCGAUCGUCUUGCCUUUUCCGUGUUCUGGAAAAUGACCGAGGAUGGGCAUGUUUUGGGCACUUCGUUCUCAAAGUCUGUCAUCCGCUCAUGCGCCCAGCUCUCGUACGAUGAUGCCCAGAAGGUCAUCACUACCGGCUCGCUCGAUCCCAAGAUUGAGAUUGUUGGCCAGUCCCGUUCUCUCGUCGAGGAAAAUAUCAAGAUCUUCUACAAAUUGUCCCAGAUUAUCAGGAAGAACCGUUUCGAGAACGGGUCGUUGUCGAUUAACUCGAUUCGCUUGUCGUUUGAAACAGACGAGAUCCACAACCCUAUCGGUGUGUCUGUGUACGAGCUCAAGGAGAGUAACCGUUUGAUCGAGGAGUUCAUGUUGCUCGCCAACAUGAGUGUUGCCAAGCAGAUUGCCGAGUUCCUCCCCGACCAGGCUUUGCUCCGUCGCCACGAGGAUCCUCUGGAGAAGCGCAUGACCGAAUUCAUCUCACACAUGAAGAAGAUUGGUCUUGACCUGGAUGCCUCGAGCUCGGGAGCCCUUCAACAGUCACUGGAUGCUAUUGAGGAUCCUGAUAUCCGUAAGGUUGUCCGUCUUUUGGUUAUCAAGCCCAUGCAGCGUGCCAAGUACAUUUGCGCCGGCAUGUUGACCCCUGACAAGUACCACCACUAUGCCCUCAACGCUCCUCUCUACACCCACUUUACCUCGCCCAUCCGUCGAUAUGCCGAUAUCAUUGUCCACCGCAUGCUCGAAGCCUCCCUCAUCAAUGAUACCAAGUUUUAUUUGAGCAAGGAGUCGUGCCAAAAGAGUGCUAACCACUGCAACAUCAAGAAGGAUGCGUCCAAGUUGGCACAGGAGCAGAGCAGCCAUGUUUACUUGAGUGUGUUGCUCAGGAACAUGACAGAGGCCAGCGGUCCUGUGAUCAAGGAUGCUGUCGUUGUGCAGGUUUUGGAUGCUUCGUUUGAUGUGUUGGUGCCCGAGUACGGUCUGGAGAAGCGUAUCUAUGUCGACCAGCUGCCCUUGGAGCGCCAUGCCUGGAACUCUAACACCGAGACCCUGAAGUUGUUCUGGACUACCGAGGCAUUCAAGAAGCCCAGCGAGGACGCCGAAGAGUCCAAGGCCGAUGGCAAGGACAAGUCUCGCCGUUCGUCCUCGUUGCCCGCUGCCAACCCCAAUGCUUUGGAUCAUCCCGACGACGCGACCACCGCCUAUGACGACGAGCGCGGCUUGUUUGAGGACGAGAGCGACUAUGACGAUGACGAAGAUCUUGUGAUUGUCAAAUCGCACCAGGUCGAGGAGGACGAGGAUGAGGCCGAGGGCGGAGACGAUGAGGCUCGUCGUUUGACUCGUAUCCGCAUGUAUGGCCACUUGCAAGUCGUGGUCACCGCUGACACUACAGUGUCGCCUCCUGUGAUCAAGGUCCAGGCCAUUAACCCUUUUGCCGUCGAGGAACCAGCCACCGCUGUUGUUCCUGAAGUUGUCGCUUAA